GAAUGAAAGGUUGUAAACAUGGCGCCGGCCUUGGAAGACGGUGAAUUUGACAACGAUGAUUACUAUUCUUUACUUAAUGUCAGAAGAGAGGCAACACAGGAGGAACUGAAGGUGUCAUACAGGCGACUGUGCAUGCUCUACCACCCAGACAAGCACAGAGACCCUGAAUUGAAAAGGCAGGCGGAACAGCUCUUUAACCUAGUGCAUCAAGCUUAUGAGGUCCUUAGUGACCCACAGUCACGAGCUAUCUAUGACAUCUAUGGCAAGAGAGGACUGGAUGUUGAAGGAUGGGAGGUGGUGGAGAGAAAAAGAUCACCAGUAGAGAUCCGAGAGGAGUUUGAGCGUCUGCAGAGAGAGAGGGAGGAGAGACGGCUACAGCAGAGGACCAAUCCCAAGGGGAUGAUCAGUGUGGGUGUAGAUGCCACAGACCUCUUUGAUCACUAUGAGGAGGAUUACGAGGAUGUGCCUGGAGGGGGCUUCCCACAUGUUGAGAUCAACAAGAUGCACAUAUCACAAUCCAUAGAGGCCCCCCUCACCACCUCAGACACAGCUGUUCUCUCUGGCUCCCUCUCAACCCACAAUGGAAACGGAGGAGGAAAUAUUAACGUGGCACUGCGGAGAGUCACCUCUGCUAAGGGCUGGGGGGAGGUGGAGUUUGGGGCAGGGGACACACACGGGCCCCUCUUAGGUAUGAAGAUAUUCCGUAACCUCACAGCUCGCUGCUUUGUGACUGCUCAGUGUGGACUCCAUUUCUCGUCCCGGGGUGUGCGGCCUGGUUGCACCACGAUGCUGGCUCGGCACCUGGACAAGAACACCAUGGGCUACCUGCAGUGGCGCUGGGGCACCCAGUCCUCCAUGAACACCAGCAUCGUCAGGGACACGAAGACCAGCCACUUCACCUUGGCCAUGCAGCUUGGGAUCCCUCACUCCUUCAUGAUGAUGAGCUACCAGUACAAGUUCCAGGACGAUGACCAGACCAAAGUCAAGGGCUCAAUCAAAGCUGGCUUUUUUGGGACGGUGGUGGAGUAUGGUGCAGAGAGAAAGAUCAGUCGGCACAGUGUCUUGGGGGCGACUGUCAGUGUAGGAGUGCCUCAGGGCGUCUCCCUCAAAAUAAAGCUGAACCGAGCCAGCCAGACAUAUUUCUUCCCCAUCCAUCUGACUGACCAGCUCCUGCCCAGUGCAGUGUUCUACGCCACAGUUGGACCACUCGUCUUCUACCUCGCUAUUCAGAGACUCGUCAUCAGGCCCUACGUGCGUGCCCAGAAGGAACAUGACCUGGAGAAGCACCGGGAGAGUUCAGCCUCGGACAUUGCUAGGAAGAGGCAAGAGGCAGAGUCUGCUGUUUUGCUAAUGCAGGAAUCUGUGCGCAGGAUCAUUGAAACCGAGGAAUCUAAAAUGGGUCUCAUCAUCCUCAACGCCUGGUAUGGCAAGUUUGUGACGGACAACAGUCAGAAGCAUGAGAGGGCAAAGGUCAUCGAUGUGACUGUUCCGCUGCAGUGCCUGGUGAAGGACUCCAAACUCAUCCUCACAGAGGCCACAAAAUCAGGACUACCUGGGUUCUAUGACCCCUGUGUGGGGGAGGAGAAGAGUCUGAAGGUACUGUAUCAGUUCCAGGGAGUGAUGCAUCAAGUCCUCUCUCCUGAAGGGGAAGCACUCAGGAUACCAAAACAAUCUCACAGGAUUGAUGCCGACACAUAGGAACCUCUUUUCUGGACCGAAUGGGACAUUACACAACGUUAAACUGAUAGUUUGGCAAUGGAUGGACAGACACCGAUUUACCCCUUGUCCUAAAAAAAAGUCCUGCAUAUCCCCUCUUUAUGUUGUCCAUAAGAGGAGAAAUGGCAGAAACUUACUCAACAGGGGGUUGCCCUAUUGAAUGAAAUUCAGUCUAAAGUCACUCAAAAUGGGAUGGUCGUAAUCUCAGUUCUCCCCUUUCAGGUAUGGCUCGUAAUGGAUGACUCAGUACUGUAUAGGCACUGCAGUGCCUAUGUGACCCUCUUGAAUGUAUUAAUGCACCUCUGUAUAUUUGCCAUAUUAUUAAAAUCUCUUCCAAGCUGCAAUAGCCCAUUUUGGAAAUUGAGCUGGAAAAAAUA